CCUUCCCCUCAACCCCGACUGUCAGUUGUGUGAAUGCGUGUGUGCUCCUGAGCUUGCUCGGCACACAUUCUAUAAAAAAAAUAUAAAAAUACAAAAAAAGGAAAAAUUCAAAACAUAAAAAAUACAAAAACUUUUUAUUUUUUCCUCCCCCGUUUUUUUUUGUAACAAGUCGGCGAAGCUGGAGUAGACAUUCGAGGACUGGACGGUAACGUACAAGACAGGGCUGCCUAACGUCAAAAAAUUUUAAGUCGACCUGUUACUAAUUGAGAAGCGAAACAAAAUUACAAUAGAUUUGCUUUUUAUAGCUUUGUGUCAGAUCUGAAUGACAGUUUUAAUCCCGACAGAAGUGACUUUUGAGUGAUUUUUGGGAGAUACGUGUUGGAAAUUCUACCCCAACACUACAACUGACAAUUCAGCGUUUGUUUAACGUGUACCAUCAACAUUCUGCCCCAACUGACGUGACGCCAGUGACCGUUAGGGAAGCAAAGUUUUUCAGUUGAGAAAGUCGAGCUUGUCCGGUUAUACUGCUAGUCCUCACAGCCAUCGAAAAUGAACCCCAGCGCUCCCAGUUACCCCAUGGCCUCCCUCUACGUCGGGGAUCUGCAUCAAGAUGUGACCGAGGCCAUGCUGUACGAGAAAUUCAGUCCUGCCGGGGCUAUCCUGUCGAUCCGGGUCUGUAGGGACAUGAUCACCCGGCGUUCCCUUGGGUACGCCUAUGUCAACUUCCAACAGCCAGCGGACGCUGAACGUGCACUUGACACCAUGAACUUCGAUGUGAUUAAGGGGCGGCCUGUACGCAUCAUGUGGUCGCAGCGUGAUCCAUCAUUGAGAAAAAGUGGUGUGGGGAACAUCUUCAUCAAGAAUCUGGACAAGUCAAUUGACAACAAGGCUCUUUAUGACACCUUCUCUGCUUUUGGCAACAUCCUGUCAUGCAAGGUGGUUUGUGAUGAGAAUGGCUCUAAAGGCUACGGCUUUGUGCAUUUUGAGACUCAGGAGGCGGCUGAACGAGCCAUUGAGAAAAUGAAUGGCAUGCUGCUCAAUGACCGCAAAGUAUUUGUGGGCCGCUUCAAAUCUCGCAAAGAGCGCGAGGCUGAGCUGGGUGCCCGAGCCAAAGAGUUCACCAACGUCUACAUUAAAAACUUUGGUGAUGACAUGGAUGACGAGAAGCUGAGGGAACUCUUCGUUAAAUACGGAAAUGCCAUGAGUAUCCGGGUCAUGAUGGAUGACAAUGGUAAGUCUCGAGGGUUUGGAUUUGUCAGCUUCGAAAGGCAUGAGGAUGCACAGAAGGCUGUGGAUGAAAUGAAUGGAAAGGAGUUCAAUGGCAAGCUCAUCUAUGUCGGCCGUGCCCAGAAGAAGGUGGAGCGACAGACAGAGCUGAAGCGCAAAUUUGAGCAAAUGAAACAAGACCGCAUUACUCGUUACCAGGGUGUCAACUUGUAUGUGAAGAACCUUGAUGAUGGGAUUGAUGAUGAACGCCUGCGAAAGGAGUUUGCACCAUUUGGUACCAUAACCAGUGCCAAGGUGAUGAUGGAAGGUGGGCGCAGCAAAGGAUUUGGCUUUGUUUGCUUCUCAUCCCCAGAAGAGGCCACCAAAGCUGUGACAGAAAUGAACGGACGCAUUGUAGCCACCAAGCCGUUAUAUGUGGCCCUAGCCCAGAGGAAAGAGGAACGCCAUGCCCACCUAACCAGCCAGUACAUGCAGCGCAUGGCCAGUGUGCGUGCAGUUCCAAAUCCUGUCAUUAACCCCUACCAGCCUGCCCCGCCCUCUGGCUACUUUAUGGCAGCCAUACCUCAGGCCCAGAAUCGUGCUGCUUACUACCCAGCUGCUGGACAGAUGGCUCAGCUCCGCCCGAGCCCACGUUGGGCUACCCAAGGUGUCCGACCUCAACACUUCCAGAACAUGACAGGUGCUAUGCGCCCAUCAGCUCCGCGCCCUCAGACCUUCAGCACGAUUCGGCCUCCCUCCCAAGUCCCCCGCAUGAUGUCCGCCCAGCGUGUCGCAGCACAAACUGUGGGUCCCCGACCAGCCACUGCACCAGCUGCAGGAGGCACUCCAGUGCGUGGAGUACCUCAGUACAAGUAUGCUGCAGGAGUCCGCAAUCCCCAGCAGCACAUCCCUGCUCAGCCACAAGUCACCCUGCAGCAGCCUGCAGUCCAUGUUCAGGGACAGGAGCCUCUGACUGCCUCCAUGCUGGCCGCAGCUCCACCACAGGAACAGAAGCAGAUGUUGGGUGAGCGUCUGUUUCCACUGAUCCAGAACAUGCAUCCCAGCCUGGCAGGCAAGAUCACUGGCAUGCUGCUGGAGAUUGACAACUCAGAGCUGCUCCACAUGCUGGAGUCCCCAGAGUCUCUCCGCUCCAAGGUGGAUGAAGCAGUAGCUGUGCUACAAGCCCACCAGGCCAAGGAAGCCACCCAGAAGACUGUGACCAAUUCAGUUGGAGUCCCAAGUGUCUGAGCCCAAGGAGUGGGGAACCUUGAGACUAGCUUCAUCGAUGGAGAAAGUUUUGAAAAGUUAAAAAUGCACAAAACAAAGCAAAAAAACAAAUACACAAAAAAAGCAAUGGUAACCAGUUUCCAGCCAGGCCUAAAACCACCAAGAAAUAACAGGUCUGGUUUGCUGAAUUAAAAAGAAAAUGCACAAAAAAAAAGGAAAAAAAAAUUACAAUGAAAAAAUGUCAUGUUGGGUUUUAGAGGAGUUAUUCAGUGACAAAAUAUGAUUGAAAGCAUACCUUUAUGCCAUUUUAUCCCUUUUAAAUGUUUGAGCUCUAGAAGCCUGCUAUUGUGACAUUUCCCCUUGACCUUUGCUUGCUUGAAUAAAAGUUCUAAAAUAA